AUGGGAGAUGAUGGAGGAGGUAUUCCAGAUCGGCGCGAUCUCGUACGCACAAAGCCAAAGGCAGAGCAAGCGGAUCAGGCGAAUCAGACCCGCGCUCGAUGGCACUCCUGUGCGCUGUCCAAGGAGCCGCUCCAGGAACCCGUCGUGUCCUACAAGACGACCUACGGCGACGGACAGGAGAUAUGCGGGCACAUACGGUCUCUCAAAGACGUCAAGACCUUGAACCUGACCCCAAACCCCGCGCCCAGGUCCACGGAUAUCACAUCCGACGAGUUCAGGCCCCAGUUCAUCUGCCCGCUCACCGCGACGGAGAUGACCGACACGCUUCCCUUCGUCUAUAUCGCCACCUGCGGCUGCAUCUUCUCGCACGCCGGGAUCAAGUCGCUCGCCUCCUCCUCACCCGAAGACUCCCCCAAGGACUCGGCCACUCCUCCGCCUGCCGAGAACAAGCAGCUCGACCUCUGCCCGAAGUGCGGCUCCAAGUACCAAAUCGUCCGACGUGCUGCCCCUCUACCCCUCCUCGGAAGAGGAGGAGAAGCUCCGGCUCACGAUGGAGCUCAAGCGCGCCGCUGA